GUAUUUCUUAUGCGCCUGACAGGAAAUAGGGUAAGCACGUGUACACGACCGAGGUCACCACCGACAUGUUUACAACGGGAAGUCUGUUCCGUCGAGAACAAUUCACCUGCAAGUAACGCAGCUUACUGAUUAGUAGCGUUAACUGCUUCGGGCUGCUGCUUCACAGAUCUCGCGUGCACCUUCGAUCCCGAGGGUUAGUUGUGGGAUGCCUGACCUCGCAGCUCUAAGAUCAGAGCUUCCCAAGACACCAGAUGAGCUGCUGGUUACAAUAACCAGUCCUGACAUUCUGGGGAAAGACUAUCAUGACUCCCUGAAGAAGACAUGUGAUUGUUUGUAUGGACAAGAUGGUGGAAGUGUCAAGCACUCCUGUGAGGUGUUGUUGGACAUGGCUUGGGAGAAGCUGAACACAGGGUACUGGAAGGACGUGGACAUCAGCUGGAGAUACACCUAUACAGUCAUCUCAGUGAUGAAGGUGUACUGUCAGUGUUUGCUGCUGAAUCAACAAAAAGGAGAGGUUUCAUUGGCUGAUAUCAUGAGGUCAUGUGACAUGGGUCUGUUGAUGGGAGCCCCCAUCUUGGACAACAUCCUGGCACGGAUGUCUUCAUUAAUUCAAACCAUCUUCAACCCUCCCAGGAAACGACAGUGUGGAGAUGAGGUGAGUGAAGCUAAGAGACUGAAAGUUGCAGAUGUGAGGAUCGAUGGAGAUAAAUCUGUAUCUCGAUGCUCCUGUCCAUCCUUACAGAAGUUUAAAGAAAGCUACAUGGACAAACAUCAAGCUGUUAUUGUAACUGAUGCCAUUGAUUUCUGGCCGGCCUUGAGUUCCAGGAAGUGGGAUCUGGACUACAUCAAACAAAAGGCUGGCUACAGAACUGUACCUAUUGAGCUAGGAUCUAAGUACACAGAAGAGUCUUGGUCACAGAGUUUAAUGACAAUAACAGAAUUUAUUGAGCGCUACAUUGAGAACCCCGCACAGGUGACCAAGGGCUAUCUAGCUCAGCAUCAACUCUUUGAUCAGAUUCCUGAGCUGCAAAAGGACAUCAGUAUUCCAACCUACUGCUGUUUAGGGGAGGAGGACGAUGUUGAUCAGAAUGCAUGGUUUGGGCCUGCAGGUACUGUGUCACCUUUGCACUAUGACCCCAAGCAUAACCUUCUGGCUCAAGUUGUGGGGUGGAAGUAUGUGAGGCUCUACUCGGACAGAGUCACAGACCACCUGUACCCCCACCCGAACAGACUCCUGGUGAAUACGUCACAGGUGGACCUGGAGGAGCCGGAUCAUGCUAAGUUUCCAUUGUUUGCCAAGGCUCCGUAUGUGGAGUGUGUGUUGGGGCCGGGGGAAAUGUUGUACAUUCCACCACGACACUGGCAUUUUGUCAAAUCCCUGUCUGUCAGCUUUUCAGUUAGUUUUUGGUGGGAAUGAUCAUUUGCUAACAAUAAACUUAUUAUUAUAUUUUCA